AUGAAUAUUAAUCAAUUACCUAAAACGUUAAUAAACAAUAUCUGUGAGUCUAAUAGUGAUUUAAGGGGGAAACUAUUGAAAUUGGCUCUAGCAAUUGAACAAUUUCCAAACCAAAACCGUACAAAAAACUUAACUAAAAUAUGCAAUGAAUCUGAUGUAUCCAAAGAAAAUAUAUUAAAUGUUCUAGGAGUAUAUUUAUUAAUCGUAAGAUUAUUUUUGAGUACAAAUGAUAAAGAAUUCAAUUCAAGAUUGCUUGAAAUUGGUUUUACAGACAAUUUUAUAGAAACUUUGCCUUUAAUAAGCAAUCGAGAAGAUGUUAUGAAAAAUUUACAACUAUCUACAUAUUCUGAUUAUACAAAUUUCACAUAUUUAAAAUGGAGAAUAGAUAUAAGUUUAAUAAAUAGUACCUUGGUCAAGAAAAUUCCUGCCAGUGUGAUAUUAUGCUUUAACAUGAAAAAUAAAGGAAAAAUAAGUAUAGAAAUUGAUGCCAACAUGUACAAAACACUGAGGUUUAAUGUAGCCCUAAUGUUAAAAGAAUUUACUACAAUAAAAAAAACUUACAAAUAA